CUCCCGCAGCUUCCGAUCGAGGUGUGGGAGAACGUGAUUGACCAUCUGUGGGACGAUCAGGGUGCUUUGCAGGAGUGCAACCGCGUCUGCCGAGCAUGGUACCCUCUGAGUCGCUUUCACUUGCACAGGCAGAUCACGAUCAGGAAUGUUAAGGGUGUGAAGGCAUAUGUGAAGGCGCUGAAGCAGACGCCCGAGCUGUCAGAGCGGGCGCACUAUAUGGACAUAUGGCGCGAUUGGCGGAUAGAGACCUCAGCUCCGUCAAGCCUGUCGCUGGCGGCGAUUCUGCUCGCUCGCAAGCUGCCCCGCUUGGAGAAGCUCACAAUCUGGUCUUCAGAGUGGAAGCCGUGGACGAUGCACCGCGACGUCUUCCUGCAUCUCUCUGGCUUCUCUGUCACUUGCCUCCAGCUCUACUGGGUCACAUUCCCAUCAAUCACUGUCUUUGGGCGCUUCGUAUGCGCACUGCCACACCUCGUCAAGCUCGAAUGCUUAAGCCUGCGAUUCACACAUGACCACUUCCACCGCGAUACAUUU